AUGGUUGUCAUUAGCUUUGGAUCAACUCGGUUAAGGAUUGAGGAAGAACUUGGGAGAGGUGCCUUUGGCACCGCUUAUCGAGUCAGAGACGAAAAGAGCAAUGAUGUCUAUGCUCUUAAGGAUAUCCAAUGUAGUAUCAGCAGAAGCGCGGUUGAAAAUGCUGUGAAGGAAGUCAGAUAUGUCCUAGAAGUAGUUAACCACGAGAACAUCAUCACUAUCGAAGGUGCAGAAGCCUUUGUAGAUAAGGACACAUCUAAGAUCCACUGUCGCAUUUUAACUGAGUUAUGCACGCUUGCGAGUUUGAACGAGUACUUGAUGGAACCAAGCAUCGACCAGUUGAAUCGAAAGUGGAUGAAACAAAUCGCAGAUGCUCUUCGCUUCCUUCACAAGAAAAGAAUAGUCCACGGUGACCUAAAGCCAGACAAUGUUCUUCUCACCGGCUCGCACGAUGUUAAAGUGGCGGACUUUGGGCUGGCAAGAAAUUAUAUAGCACUCAAGAUCGAAGAUCCCUCAAAUUUCUUUGCAUUCUAUAAAAGGUACUACAUGGAAACAUUUGCUGAAGUCCGUUUUGGAUGGCUCCUGAAGUAUUCGAAGGCCACUCCACCGAAAAAGCUGAUGUGUUCUCUCUUUGAUUAAUCUCCUUU